CAGUGACAGCGGAGUUGGGAGCCCGGCAGUGAGGAGGGAGGCAGGCACCAGGCGAGAGCUUUGCUCCCAAGUCCUCUCCCGAGCCCAGCUCAAUGACCAGCAGCUCUGGGGCGAGGAGCAACUGCGCUUCCCACAACUUUCCCUGGAGCAGCCUCCAGCAUCGUGGCAGCCUGACAUGACUUGCCUCCUAGGGCGCGACUGAGGGGGACUUACCGGAGUGGAAGCCUGGUGGAAUUUGGGUUUGCAGAGGAGUUGCCGAACCUUUUUUAUUAUUAUUAUUACAAUUAUUAUUGCUUUUUUUUUUCUCCCCCCGCCCCCUGGAAAUGAGCACGCUGCCUCGGCGCUGCAGAAAGUAGGCAGCUCGGACUGUGGCAGCCCUGUGCCCCCGCCCCGUGCCUUGCCCCGAGGAGCCCCCAUGUAGGAAUGACAAAGGAUUGCACCGGCGAGCGCGGCUGCGGUGUCCCCCGAGCGGUCCCCGGGCAUGGAUUACUAAAUGGGACACUCCCGCAGCUAGGUCUGUCCUCGGGCUGCCGCUAGAUACAUGCGCCGGGAAAAGGGUGAAGUGAAGAAGUAAAGUCUCCCAGCUGAACUACUAUGAGGUCAGAAGCCUUGCUGCUAUAUUUCACACUGCUACACUUUGCUGGGGCUGGUUUCCCAGAAGAUUCUGAGCCAAUCAGUAUUUCGCAUGGCAACUAUACAAAACAGUAUCCGGUGUUUGUGGGUCACAAGCCAGGACGGAACGCCACACAGAGGCACAGGCUGGACAUCCAGCUGAUCUUAAUAAUGAACAGAACUCUCUACAUUGCUGCUAGGGACCAUAUUUAUACUGUUGAUAUGGACACAUCACAUACAGAAGAAAUUUAUUUUAGCAAAAAAUUGACAUGGAAAUCUAGACAGGCUGAUGUAGACACGUGCAGAAUGAAGGGAAAACAUAAGGAUGAGUGUCAUAAUUUUAUUAAGGUUCUCCUAAAAAGAAACGAGGAUACCUUGUUUGUCUGUGGAACAAAUGCCUUCAACCCUUCUUGCAGGAACUAUAAGAUGGAUACACUGGAGUUCCUAGGCGAUGAGUUUAGUGGAAUGGCAAGGUGUCCCUAUGAUGCAAAACAUGCCAAUGUUGCACUGUUCGCAGAGGGGAAGCUGUAUUCUGCCACAGUGACCGACUUCCUUGCAAUAGAUGCAGUCAUUUACCGGAGCCUUGGAGACAGCCCAACCCUGCGGACAGUCAAACAUGACUCAAAAUGGUUGAAAGAACCCUACUUUGUCCAGGCAGUGGAUUAUGGUGACUAUAUCUACUUCUUCUUUCGUGAAAUAGCAGUGGAAUACAACAGUAUGGGUAAGGUAGUUUUCCCAAGAGUGGCUCAAGUUUGCAAGAAUGAUAUGGGAGGAUCUCAGAGAGUGCUGGAAAAACAGUGGACUUCCUUUCUCAAGGCCCGCCUGAACUGCUCAGUUCCUGGCGAUUCACACUUCUACUUUAAUAUACUGCAGGCAGUUACAGAUGUUAUCCAUUUCAAUGGCCGGGAUGUUGUUUUAGCAACCUUCUCCACUCCAUAUAACAGCAUCCCUGGCUCUGCUGUCUGUGCCUAUGACAUGCUUGACAUUGCCACUGUAUUUACGGGGAGAUUCAAAGAACAAAAGUCUCCGGAUUCUACUUGGACACCAGUUCCUGAUGAACGAGUGCCGAAACCCAGGCCAGGUUGCUGUGCUGGGUCUGCAUCAUUAGAAAAGUAUGUAAGCUCAAAUGAGUUCCCAGAUGAUACUCUAAACUUUAUCAAAACACACCCUCUCAUGGACGAGGCUGUACCUUCAAUUGUCAACAGACCCUGGUUCCUGAGGACGAUGGUCAGAUAUCGUCUGACCAAAAUUGCAGUAGACACUGCCGCUGGACCGUACCAGAAUUACACUGUGGUUUUCUUGGGAUCAGAGAAGGGAAUCAUCUUGAAGUUCUUGGCCCGGACAGGAAACAGCGGUUUCCUAAAUGAUAGCCUUUUCCUGGAGGAGAUGAACGUUUAUAAUCCUGAAAAGUGCAGUUAUGAUGGAGUGGAAGACAAGAGGAUUAUGGGUAUGCAGCUUGACAAACAAAGCAGUGCCCUGUAUGUAGCAUUCUCUACCUGUGUGAUAAAGGUUCCCCUGGGACGAUGUGAGCGUCAUGGAAAGUGCAAAAAGGCCUGCAUAGCCUCCAGAGACCCAUACUGUGGCUGGGUGAAAGAAAGCGGGACAUGUACACGUCUGUUACUUAGCGCUAAACUGGCAUUUGAACAGGACAUAGAGCAUGGCAAUACAGAUGGCCUGGGUGACUGCCAAAAUUCCUUCGUUGCACUGAAUGACAUUUCAACUGCUUCGCCUGAUCAUGAAAUGUCUUACAACACAGUGUAUGGACACUCCAGUUCACUACUUCCAAGCACCACCACUUCUGACUCUCCGGCUCAAGAGGGUUAUGAUACUAGGAUGCUGGAUUGGAAGGAUCCGGUUGGCUCAUCUGAAAAUACAGAUCAUGUGGCAGUGUCAUCUCAUAAUCACCAAGACAAGAAGGGAGUGAUUCGUGAGAGUUAUCUCAAAGGUCAAGAUCAGCUGGUGCCCGUCACCCUCCUGGCCAUUGCAGUCAUUCUUGCUUUUGUCAUGGGGGCCAUCUUCUCAGGAAUCAUAGUUUACUGCAUCUGUGACCAUCGCCGCAGAGACGUGGCUGUUGUGCAGAGGAAGGAGAAGGAGCUGACACACUCCCGCCGUGGCUCCAUGAGCAGUGUUACCAAGUUGAGUGGCCUCUUUGGAGACACUCAGUCUAAGGAGCCAAAACCAGAAGCUAUCCUCACACCUUUGAUGCACAACGGCAAACUGGCUACACCCGGCAGCACAGCCAAAAUGUUAAUCAAAGCUGACCAGCACCACCUGGACUUGGCUGCUCUGCCAACCCCUGAAUCCACCCCAACCUUGCAACAGAAGAGAAAGCCCAGUCGUGGAAGCAGGGAAUGGGAAAGAAACCAGAAUCUCAUCAAUGCCUGCACAAAAGACAUCCCCCCAAUGGCCUCACCUGUGAUCCCGACUGACCUGCCUCUGAGGGCUUCUCCCAGCCACAUCCCAAGUGUUGUGGUCCUGCCAAUCUCUCAGCAAGGGUAUCAGCACGAGUAUGUGGAUCAGCCAAAAAUGAGCGAUGUGGCACAGAUGGCUGUGGAGGACCAGAAUGCCACCCUUGAGUACAAAACCAUAAAGGAGCAUCUCAGCAGCAAAAGCCCCAACCAUGGGGUCAACCUGGUGGAAAAUCUUGAUAGCAUGCCACCAAAAGUACCCCAGAGGGAAGCCUCCCUUGGGCCUCCUAGCUCCUCUCUUUCUCAGAGUGGCCUGAGCAAGCGCUUGGAGAUGCAUUCCUCCGCAUAUAAUGUGGACUACAAGAGGAACUACCCUACGAACUCACUCACGAGAAAUCACCAGACAUCGACUCUCAAAAGAAACAAUACUAACUCCUCUAAUUCCUCCCACCUCUCCCGAAAUCAGAGCUUUGGCAGGGGAGACAACCCUCCUCCUGCCCCGCAGAGAGUGGACUCUAUACAGGUCCACGCUGCUCAGGCGCAGGCUGUGACUGUAUCUAGGCAGCCUAGUCUCACCGCAUAUAACUCGCUGACAAGGUCGGGGUUGAAACGUACACCUUCACUAAAACCAGAUGUACCCCCCAAACCUUUUGCCCCACUUUCAUCGUCCAUGAAGCCCAAUGAUGCAUGUACAUAAUCAGAGUGGGGUGGGGGGAAACAGCAAUUAAGCAGAGUUUGCCCUUUAAAGCCAGUGUUCUGCAACGGCAUCGUUAGUUCUAAUUGACAAGAAGGCUGUUAUUAAGCUGAGGAUGUAUUGAUUCUGCUCUCUGGGAAAAGUGGAAUAUUUUUUAAACCGAGCCAUAUGAUCCAUGGUUAAAGGUUUGCAACUGCAGGACUCACCCCCACAACCCAACAGCUCUUUACUCAAAAGACUAACUUAACAUCACAAAAACAUUGAGCCAAAAGCACACAGGUGAAUGAUGACUGUGACAUUUCACCCCCAACUGCACAGUGCAUUCCAGAACUGGGAAAGAGUGCUCUGAAAAGCAAAACAAGUAAAAGAAUUUUAAAAAACACAAAAAAAUUAAAAAAUAAAGAAUUCAUUGAUAAAGCUAACUCUGACUUAACAAUGGCAGAAGUUUACUAUGUGCAGGUACUGUGAAAUGCCCAUCAGUGUUACAGCCAUUUGGUUAUAGCAGUUAAAUGCCAGGUUGGGCAAAACUAUGUCAUAGAUUUCUGCUACUCUUCUCUUUUACUGAAUAACAUGUGACUGUUAACGAAAUAACUCCUAUUAUUUAUUGUUCAUCUUUUGUUUUUCCUAAGGAAAUGACUUCUGCAUAUCAUCCUAUGAACAGCUCUUCAGAACAGUACAUUGAAAGUUAUACCUAUUUAACGCAAAACCCAUUAACUGGAGUAAUUAAAACUCUUUUAUUUUUCCAAUAAAUUCACUGAGUUAAAUAAGUUGGAGCUGGAAUUCUGAACUUUGUGUUUGGACUGUCUGAUCCGUAGCUGAAAAGGGGAAUAUUUAUUUAAAUCUGUCAGUUAAUUCACUGGCUGGGCCUCUGAUCUAUUACAGGCAACAAACAAACAAAAAAUCCCCCAAGUCCAUAACUUCUAAUGCAACUAAAAAAGAAACUCUUAAGCCGCACAUUUGUGCACCAUUGUUAUCAACAUGGCUUUGUCAGUAGUUUAUACUUUCUGUGAAGGCACCAGCUUGUGAUGUGCCAUCUCAUUUCACCUUGCAUGUGAGACGGCAAACAAAAUCCACAAAUGGUGUGAACUAGUUAAUAAGCCGGCUGUUACCAUGCAUAAAUUAUGGUCUUAUCACACGGGUUUUUCGUGGGAAUACAUCUGUGAAUAGCCUGUUUUCUUCCACAUGUAAAUUUGUGCCUUACACCCUCAGUUGUGUAUAUUUGUGAACUGUAGUAUGUAAAACCUCUUUACCCCCAUUUGAAUAACACAAAUAUUUAUUUAUCUUCCCUCCUCCAAGCCCCCUGGAGAAUUGGAGUAAAGAAGUUCAAAGAACGUAGUGGUUAUUGUAAUGACAUCAUAUCCCUCAAGAAACUAGGGAAGUACUAUAUCCUCCAAUUCAGUUUGACUUUCUAGUUGUGCCAAUUCUUCCCUCAAACCACCCCCAGGCUAUGUUGACAGCAUAGGCACUAUAGCGUGGGUGGCAAAUUCGCCUCCCCCCCCCGCCCCCCCUUAUUCUUUCAUAUUAUUUCAGUAUGGUGAUAUUAUCAUUAGCCAGCAGAAAAAUGACUAGUAUACUGUCUCCAAGUCUGGUGCAUCCGCUGGCUGGAGACAAGCACUGUGUAAGAUUGGCCAGCCCCUGGAAGAAAGCCUCAGCCACACCUAGGGCUGUGUGCAGUAUACAAAAUGAAGUGAAAUGGAAAUAGUACAAGGCAGGCUGGUUCCUGCUGUAACUGAGUAACUACUACAAUAAGGUCAACCAGAAGGAUGCAGCGAAAACCUUUUGGGGGAACUGAUUUUUAUUUUCCUUUGUUUCCUUUCAUGUGACUGCAUAUAUACCCUGUGUGUAUGCGUGUGUGCCUGCCUGCGUGUGUGUGUGUGUGUGCAAGUUCUUUUACAAUUUUUCAGUGGUUUAUGCACAACGGUAGAUUUGUUUUUAAUCUGUUAUAAUAAUUGUGUCAACAUACUGUAGAAAAUGAGGGGGGUUGUUUUGUGGGGUUUUUUGUAUCAACUGGACAGUAUGUUUGAGUAAGGUGGUUGUUUGGUUUGGGUUUUUUUUAAUUUUAUACUUUAUUUGUUUUACAGGGUUUUGGUUUUGUUUCCGAAUGACUGAAAAGAAAGGUUUCAAGUCAGCUAGCGUGUAGAUGGUGUUUAGAAAGUCUGGAUGGUCUAGACCAAAGUGUGUAACAAGGGUGCCUGCAGUUCUUUGAUUUCAUCCUUUGAUUUCAUCCAAACAAGACUUGUUCACCACUAGUGAACUAUGCAGACUGGAAUAGAUAGAUCUGUAUCCAAAGCAAUGUUUUUGUUUUGUUUUGUUUUUAAAAAACAUCAAAACAGUAGGAGCAGGAAGGUCAUUUAAAAAAAAAAAGCAACUCAACUUUCAACCUUUUUACCAAUCUCCAAACCCCUGAGUACUAAAUGCACAGUGCCCAUUGCUAUUACUCAGCAAGCAUUCUGUCAUAAUGUAGAAGGGAAUAAUCACUGCGACAGCUUUGUACAGAGAUCUGCCUUUGUAAUAUACGUCACAGCAGUUACUGUGUUGACCUUGAAAUGCCCAUUUUGUACUCAGUGGGGCUGCUGUUUUAAUCUUUUUCCCAACCUGAUUACUCUCCACCCCUUGUUUUGAGGGAUCCAUAGACCUAAGUGUGCCUUUCCUUUUCACCCUUGCUAUACACUGGUAGAUGCAACAAAUUCAGACUCAUCUGUUGUAAAGUUGUAAAAUAUUGUGAUGUCUCACCAAUUUUCCUUCAUUUCCACAUCCCCCUAACAUCUAAUUCACAACUUAAUGUAUGUUGUAAAAAAAAAAAAGAAAGAAAGAAAAAAAGGAAAAAAGAGAGAGAAAGAAAGAAAAAAGGAAAGCAGAAUAAAAGCUCUUGAUUACAUGAGGUAAUAAAACCAGACUGUUCUACCUUA